AUGUCUUGCAAUUAUGCUGACGGGUUAUCCCCGUAUCACGAUAAAGGACAACUCGGUCUUGAAGAGAAAUUCGAUAUUAAAUCGGUUGUUUCGGCAAAAGUGUCACUUUUAGCCAAAUGGAUUAAUGAAGCUAAUCAUGUUGUCAUUCAUACAGGUGCAGGUAUAAGUACCUCUGCUGGAAUACCAGAUUUUAGGGGUCCAAGAGGAGUAUGGACAUUGCAAGCUAAAGGUGAAAAACCUGAUUUAAGUAAAGAUUUUAAUGAGGCCAUACCAACGGUUACUCAUAUGGCCAUCAUGAAGCUUGUAGAAAAACAAAAAGUUAAAUAUGUCGUUAGUCAAAAUAUCGAUGGUCUUCAUUUAAGAUCAAAUUUAAGAAGGAAAUAUUUGUCCGAGUUACAUGGGAACAUGUUUACUGAACAAUGCAAUUCUUGCAAUAGGCAGUUUGUUAGAAGUUCACCUGUGCCAACAGUAGGGCAGAAAUCGAUAAAUAAAAAUUGUCCUGCCACAAAAGCAAAUGGUAGACCUUGUCGUGGAAGACUACAUGAUACUAUAUUGGACUGGGAGCAUAAUCUUCCUGAAAAUGAUUUAGGAAUGGCUGAUUAUCAUUCCUGCUUGGCUGAUUUAAGCAUUUGUUUAGGCACAACAAUGCAAAUAGUUCCUAGCGGGAAUUUACCUCUUUAUACCAAAAGGCAUGGAGGGAAAUUAGUAAUAGUAAAUUUGCAACCUACAAAACAUGAUAGGAAAGCAAAUUUAUUAAUACAUGCAUAUGUUGAUGAGGUUAUGACAAUGCUAAUGAAACAUUUAAAUAUAAAAAUACCUAAAUAUGCAGUGAAAAAUGAUCCCACGCGUAUUUUACCAUUAUCAGGUAAGAAAUUUUUCGAAUGGACAAUAUCAGACUACGAUUUGAAAAAAAUGAAAAAAGUUUACGAAGAAAAAUGUGGUACUAAAGAAGCUAAAAAACGAUUAGAAAUGAUUUCCAAUGAUAUACCCGUUGGAAAUAGUAAAAAUUUAAAAAGAAAAAUAAAAGAAGAUGAAGAUUCGGAUUUGGAAGUAUUAGAUGUCAUUGUCAAGCCGAAAAAAGGUAGAGAAUCUUCUAGAAGGGGCUCUAGGAAAAAUUCGACUCCCGUUUACAAUACGACAAUCACUAUAAAAAAAGUAACGGCUCCUCCGAAAAAAGUUAAAUACGAUGGUGAAAAAAUUACGAUUAAGAAAAAUGUGACGCCUACGAAAACCAAAUACGAAAUAGUCACAAAGCCGCCAAAAAAAGUACCUAAAUGUGAAAUUGUUUACUGUGACGAUGAUGAAGCGUGUAAUGAUGAUUUGGAUAUGAUAUGCGAAUCCGAUGAUGAUGAUGAAAUGACAAACAAAUUUACAUAUAAUUUUAAAAUAUAUUUACAAAAUGAUGAUGUCAAAAAAGAAGAAACGGAAGUUAAAACGGAAGUUAAAUCCGAAGACGUUAUAACACCCGAACCCAUGGACGUGGAUAAAUCAAUUAAAAAUAUCGAUAACGAUAAUGACGUCAUCGAAUUGGAUUCCGAUCAAAAUAAAAAUGGCAAAGAAAUUUGUGAAAGUUCAGCUGCUACGGAUAUUUCUACUGAUAAUUUGAAAAUUGCGGACAAUUUAGAGGAGGAAAAAAAUGUCGAAGAAUGUCCAUCGUCUGAAGGAGAAAUGAAUUCGAAAAAAGAAAAUAAUGAAACGUUUAUGGAAAGUAGUAAAGAUGUGAGCACCGAGUCAAUGGAAACAACCGUGAUUGGUGAUGAGAAAAAUUCAUUCGAAUUAAUUAAUUCUGGGCAGAAGACAUCGAAUGAUGAUGACGUCACUUUAGAAAAACAAGAUAUUGUGAAAGAUGACUUGAGCGGGGAAAAAGAACAAAUUUGUUUGGUAGAAAAUAAUAACGACAAAAGUUCGAACGAAACGGAAUGUAAUAAUCAAAAAUCAGUAAUAAUAAUGAUUAAUGAUACGAAUGAAGAUGAACCGGAAGACAAAAUCGAGUUUAAAAAGGACAAUGAAAACGAACACAGUUGUCCAGAUCGAGAAAAAGAAUCCGAAGAAAAAUCGAAUCCGUUAAAUGUUGACACAACCGAGGACAAGACUGAAAGAAAAGAAGAAGAAUUUCCGCCGGAACCUUCGAAUUCGACGUUUGAUGACGAAUCACAUCAAAAGGAAAACCAAAGCGUGAUCGUGGUGGAUAUUUCGAAAGGAGAAGAAUCUUUGAAUAAAUCUUCUGCGGAAUCAACACCCAAACCUGAAACAAACGUCACGGAAAGAAAAUCAGAACAAAUUGUUAAUUUAAAAGAGAGAACGGAAGAGGUAAAAAUUAGUAGUAGUACGUUACCGGAUGUAGUUGAUUCGAACGUAAUCGAAAAUUUGGCAACGCAGCAAACGAAUAUUGUCGAGACUCCAGAAAAAAAAGAAACGGAAACUUUGAUGGCGGUCAUCGAAGAUGAAACAAAUGAAAAAAAAUUAAAUCGGGAUUCGGGAGAAAAAUCUGGAAAUAAUUUAACCGAAAUCGAAUCCGAUUUAUCAAAUACAAAUAUUGAUGAUAACUUCUUCAACGAUUGA